AUGGAGGCAAACACCCUACAUAUCACCAAUAACGUCGGGCUGACGGGGUGUGUAUUGGUGUUGAACGGCAGCCUAUGCUAUAUUCUCUACCGUUUUUCUAGCAAGCGCUCGAUGAGGAUGACAAAUAUGCAGAAAAUUAUCAUUAUCCAAUGUGUCGUGAUCUGCGCCAUCACCGGCACGAUGUCGGGCAUGUACUGCUUUAUGCAGCUGGUAUCUAUGCCCCCGAUUUUCGGCUCGAUCUCGACAAUUAUGUGGCAGUUGACUAAUGGAACUCCCGCUCUCGUUUAUCUCAUCGUUAAUAAAUCCAUUCGGAACGCCGUUUUAAAGGGAUGUGGAAUGAUAGACGAUCAACACGCUCGGAUUUACUGCUGCGGCGCAGCCAAGGUGCAUACUACUGAGGCACCCGGAACGAGCAGCAGCGCUGGAAAAUACCUCGAGGCCGACAAUAAUUUGAAU